AUGUCUUCUUCUCUGGAGAGGACUUUGUUGUCGUCGUCGGGUCUUCCGACGCGUCCCUCGAAACAGAUGGCGCAGCAGAUCCCCGAGAAUGACCCUGUCAUGUCUGAUACUGAGGAUGAGUACGAUGCAGAUGGUAUCAAUACUAAACUGCCUGAAGUAGUCAGGUCCCAGCUGCCGUUUGGUACUCGAGCGCCGCGAACACAGCUUGCUUUGCAUCUCCCUCCUCUUCACGACCUGAAUGACAUCUAUAAGUCGAUCACGGAGAAGGCAGUGGAGCUAGGUUUUGACCGUGUGUUGUCCCAUCUAGGCUCAAGACGCCUUCGCGUUGCGACAGUCUGCUCUGGCACUGAGUCCCCUAUUUUGGCUUUGGAGAUGGUACAAAAACAUCUGCGGGAGCAAUUCAAUAUGAAUUUCGAAAUCCGUCAUAUCUUCAGUGCUGAGAUAGACCCACUCAGACAGGCGUACAUUCAGCGCAACUUUCGUCCACCUCGCCUCUUCCGUGACGUGAAGGAGCUCAAUCACCGUGUGGCUCAAACGGCUUAUGGGUCUUUGGAAAAGGUUCCUAAGAACCCUGACAUCUUGGUUGCUGGUUUUUCGUGUGUGGAUUUUUCAAAUCUGAAUAACAAGCGGAAAACACUAAAUGAUAAGGGUGAGUCGGGAGGGACCUUUUGGGCCAUUAUUCGAUACGCAAAAGCCUAUAGGCCUCCCUUGGUCAUUCUGGAGAAUGUAAAGAGCGCCCCAUGGGCAAAGAUCCAGGAGCACUGGCAUGAUAUUGGUUACUUUGCCACCCACGUCGAUGUGGACACAAAGGCAUACUAUCUGCCACAGACUCGGGAGCGAGGAUAUAUGCUCUGUGUGGACAGGACAGCUUUGGACAAACAAUCCGCAUGGGACGAAAUAGUUCAUUGGACACACACCAUGACUGAGUUCAAACGUCCCGCUAGCUCUCCAGCCGGCAUGUUCCUUAUUGACGCCGAUGACAAGAGACUCGAACAAAUUGAGGCAGACAUGGCGACACGCGCAAAGCUGACCCGUAAGCCUGUGAAUUGGGAAAAGUAUCGAGUCCGUCAUCAGACUUACCGUCGGAAAAAUUCUCUCGGAGACAAACGCCCAGUAAGUAAGUCACAGGACGAUGGUAGCUGCCAAAUGCCCGACUUUACUUGGAGAAAGUGGAUGAACUCCUUGCCAGAGCGUGUCUGGGAGACACUGGAUAUGAACUUUCUGCGCAAGAUGGCAGAAGGUUAUGAUAUGCACUACAAAGAGAGAUGCAUCGAACUCUCACAGGGGAUCGAACGUGAGAUCGAUGUACGGGCACCUGGAAUCGUUGGAUGCAUCACUCCAGCCGGAAUCCCUUAUAUUUCGACCAGGGGCGGUCCUCUCUGUGGUCUCGAGUCGCUGGCAUUACAAGGCUUGCCCCUUGACAGACUUCUACUAACUCGUGAAACCCAGCGCGAGCUGCAGGACCUUGCAGGAAAUGCAAUGACUUCAACCGUCGUCGGUGUAGCAAUUCUUUCCGCAUUGAUCCACGGACAUAAAAUCCUCAAGCCAGGCGAAGGCGCACCCAUGGGAAAAGAACACUCCUUCAAAAGCAAACGUGUUAUGCCUCAAGACGGUCAUACGAUGACACCAUAUGACAUACAGCUCAGUUGUGCUGCUCAUUUUGAUAUUGUCCAGCUCCAGAUGCGGGCAGCAAGCAGUGCAAGAUAUUGUGUAUGCGAGAGACAAACUAGCAUAAGCUUGGGCAUCUUGAGAUGCUCCUUGUGCCAUCACACGGUCUGCUCCGAGUGUGGAGGGAACCCUUCACAUGCUUUUGAGCGCUAUUCUGAUCUCGGCCGCACCAUGCCGUUGGACUUUGUCUGUGACCUCAAGCGUAACCUACCAGCUAGAUUGGUGAUUUCUGGCAUUUCUUCGGAUUGUUAUGCGUCCUUGGCUAACGACACAUCACUGGAUUGUCCUGCGCAUGUCUGGAAAGAUUUUUUGGAAGUAAUUGAGCCAGCUGUUGGCGACGAACUCCGGCUCUUGGAUAUCAAGCGGAGUGAAAGAUGGACUAUCCAGUACGAAGGCAAGCAUUCUUUCUUGCGUCUGUUAAUCAGUGCCUCCAGCAUUGAAUGGAACUUGUUUGCCAAAUCUCCCAAGGGUACUCCUGCACUUUGUCUGAUGCGGGAAAUUCUUUCCAAGCCAAUCGCUCGCAUGACGCCAGUGUCUGCGUCACUUUUGGAAGGCGACUGGGAAGUCUGUGGGCCUCUGAGCUCCAGACAGACGCUGUAUUUUUCUGGAAGUGGCCCCAGAAUCGACACCUAUGAAGUACGUUGCGGCCUCGAGAUGAAAAAGGUUAUUGGAACAAAACGUUGGACGAAGAUUCAAGUCGACGGUCCUGAUACAGCGGUGGUGGGCCUGGAGGCAGAUGUUCGGGGGACGUAUGAUCUUCUGCCGGACUGCGGUACGGCACACGCCUCCCUGCACAAAAGAUCCGCUGGUGAGUACGAUCGCCCGGUGUUCCUUUUUUUGGAUCCAACGAAGCUCGGGGAUGCAAACAAUGAUUUCUUCGUUUUUGCUUGGGACCAUGAACGUGUCCGCGGUUAUGAGCGGAGACAAGCCAUCGCGGAAGUCUCCCAUCUAUGGCGUUCAGUCAAGGUCAGCAAGGAUCCGCAGCCCGUUCACAUCUACUUCCGCCAAUGGACUAGAGCUCCAAAUGUGGCCCUGAAUCUCUAUCUUCCACACGCCUCCAUCUCGUGCCAAAGAUUGAAUGAGGCAACCAACAUCACAAUUUCCCCCUCAGGUUGUCGUGACGCUAAUGUUCCUUUACUGUCGUUCCGAGCUCCGCCAACAGCCAUGGAGGCGCUGUGGAAGAAAGAAUCAUGGGAAGUCAUAAACCCACUAGACUCGCCAUCCUCGCUUCAGGACCUCUCUUGGCUCCUACAGAAAGCGGCAGUCCAUUUGGGCUUUGAAAACUGGAACGCAGUCGCUGAUACUCAGGCCCCGGGUGACAAUACUGACUCGGCAUGUACAUGUGUGCCGCUGAAGCCGCGCAUCCUAUGGGGCCGUGACGGUAGAGGUCAAAUCAAGGCAUAUGAAGAUCCAUACGAUGCAGCCCUCUAUGAGCGCCAGGUGAAAGCAAGACCGCCGCCGUUCCUGAUUUUCCGAAAGAUCGAUGAGCAGGGCCUUGCUGACUUGCGCGUUACACUCAACGUCCAGAGCCUGUUGCAUCAGGCAUAUGAUAAGUUAGUUCAAAAUGGUGUUGUGAAAGAGGUGUCGUUCUACUGGCGUCUGGUCCCGAAAUCAUACGACACUAGAAACGUCAUAUUUCCCAUGUUUAAGCUCAAAAACAACAAGACAGACGUCGCAGCACCUCACCCGCCUAACUUCCGUCUGGCUCUGCGGCCAGAGCAAUUAAGAUCACUAUCAUGGAUGGUCCGGCAAGAAGAUGAUGAUGCCCCGCCGUUCAUGGAAGAAGAGACGGAGGAGGCACUUCUUCCAUCGUUGAUGUGGCGCGCAGAGGGGCGAGUCACUAGUCAGAAGUUUAUUCGAGGUGGUGUGAUAGCUGAUGAUGUUGGCUAUGGAAAAACAGCCAUCAUCUUAGGCUUAAUCGAUACGCAGCACGGAAGGGAGCGCCUGCCAACCCCUGCGGAAACCGACGGAUUUAUUCCUUGCAAAGCAACCCUUAUCAUUGUGCCUCAGAUCAUGAUCCAGCAAUGGCAAGCAGAGAUCUCCAAAUUUCUGGGUUCUAGAUUCAAGGUCUUGGUAUUGGCAAAGGCGGGUUCAUUCGCAAAAGUAUCCAUAAGUGACGUUCUGCAGAGUGACAUCAUUUUAGCAUCCUGGUCAAUCUUCAACAACCCAGCAUACUAUGAAAAGCUGCAGAAGUUUACCGGCACUCCUCGAACUCCUAAAAAGGCUGGGCGAAAUUUUGAUGCAUGGUUCAAGGACGCCCAAGCUGCACUGAAAGAGCAAGUCCGAGUUUUGACCAGCCAGGGUCCAAGCGCGCUUCUCGCGUCGAUUCGUCUCAAGCGACAAACUGUUAAGGGUUCUCAAAUACAUCUAACAUAUUGCCCGUCCCGGCGCCUCCGUGGUGAUCAGUACGUCAAAGGUAACCACGCUUCAGAACAAGAGGGCCUCGAAAUAUUAGCGGAGUUAUCGAGUGAUGAGGAUUCAGAAACAGAAGGCGAAACCGACAUUCAAGUUCUGGGAUCGAAAACUGACCAGUACCUUAGAAUUCAGAGUUAUGAAAAAGAUGAUCUGGCUGAGCAAUCUGCAUCCGAAACAGAUAAUGUCACUCAAUAUGAAGAUUCUGCGGCGGAAGACAGUCAAGUCCGACCAGUUCCCUCCAACAAGACAGCUGGCCGAAAGGCGAAGAAGUGGGACGACCGCAAAGAAUUCAACAUAAGCAAAAGUAGAGUUCAAGAUUGGAGGGCCGUCAAAAACCCGUUUCUUCACAUUUUCUCCUUUGGUCGUCUUGUCAUAGAUGAGUUCACAUAUGCAGACCCCGAAAGGCUCAGCCCACUCCUCUCACUCAAAGCUCGGUCGAAAUGGGUACUGUCAGGGACCCCGCCGCUUAACAGUUUUGCCGACGUUAAUAGCAUUGCGCCUUUUCUCAAUGUGCAUCUCGGUGUAGACGAGGAUGACCCUAGACUACAAGACAGACAUGUCAAGCUGCGACUCAAGCAGCGCUCUGCUGCAGAGGCAUUUCAAUCGUUACGGGCACCCUACAGCGAAGUCUGGCAUGGACGUCGACACAAGCUAGCCCAGAGGUUCUUAGACCGGUUUGCACGAAAGAAUGUUGCUGAAAUUGAUGAGAUCCCAUCGUCAGAGCACAUAAUUGUGGUCCAGCCAUCACCGGCAGAACGAGUAGUUUAUCUCGAACUGUAUAGGCAGCUGAUGACAUACAACCGCCAGCUCCGUCGAAGUGGCCGAGGAAGAUUCAGCAGUGACCAAGUAGAUCGAUUGAACGAGAUUAUUGGAAGCAGUGCAACGGCCGAAGAGGCGUUGCUCAAACGUUGCUCAUCCCUUGCCCUUCAUGGUCGAUGGAAUAAAGACGGAGAGCCGGAGCUAACAACAUGCGCAUCCCUGAUCGCCAUCAGGGAGAAACAGCUCGGUGAUCUCAAAAGUGAUAUCAAUAUGAAAUUGAAGUUGGCAGCGUGGCUUUACUGUUGUUUUGAAUCCGAUUGUCAUCACUUCCACAAGUUCAUCGAAAGCAUCUUUAGAGAUGAUUUUGGUGAUAUGGCCAUCACCCAAGAAUUUUAUUCUCUCUUGAGAGCAGCAUUCUACGAAUCGAAGGCUGAUGAUUGGGAGCAUUUCUUUGCUGCUCCUGGAGAGCAACUGCCAGAUGAUGAAAGCAGCGCGUCUGAUGCAGAAAACGAUAACGAAAGCAGUGAACUGGUAGCCAACGAUGGCCUCGAUCAUUCUUCUAGACCAAAGGUCGCCAAGCAUAGCAACCAGCGAAUCCAAGCCAGGAAAGCCAGCGGCAGUAAGCGAUCCGAGGAAAGCAGUGAGAAAACCGGCGUUUCGCUUCCCAAAAAGCCCGAGCAAGCUUGUGAAGUCGAACCACUUCUGAAAGAGGCCACGACAGUCAUUCGGAGCCUCGUUGUGGAAUGGGUACUGCGCAAGAGUGCCCUUAGAACCCUCACAGCGAUGCAGCUUUUGCUAACAGGUGCUGGACUCCCGCAAUGCAAUGGUUGUUACUGCCAGUUGCAAGUUAUCGAGAACACGAAUGUGUCAGGCCACUGCGGCCAUACUCUAUGCAUGAAUUGCGUUUCGGAGACUUUGCAGAGAGAGGAGUGUGUGGUACAUGGAUGCCGCGGUUCGGGAAGGAAGUUCAAUAUCAUCGAAGCAUCCACGCUCGGAGGGGUUAGCGUUGAUGAGAGCGCAAAGUAUGGCGGCAGCAAGCUGGACAAACUGAUAGAGAUCCUCAACGGGAUCCCCAGCAACGAGCGAGCCCUGAUCUUCAUACAAUAUCCCGAGCUCAUUGAAGUCGCGUCCAAGGCACUGGAUCUCGCCAAGAUCAAGCACACGGCGAUCUUAACCACAGACCGCAAGUCAAUGCAAAAAAUUGAACAAUUUCAACAGACAAGCUUUGGCGAAGAUAAAGCGUUGAUCCUGAAUCUAGGAGGGGAGAUGGCAGCAGGAUUGAACUUGCAAUCAGCAAAUCACGUUAUCUUUCUGUCACCGAUGAACGCCGAGACACAGUAUGAUUAUGAGUCGGCAAUGAUUCAAGCGAUCGGACGGUCCCGACGAUAUGGACAAACUCGCCGCGUUCACGUCUACCACUUGUUGGCCAAGCACAGCAUAGACGUGAACAUCUUUCAAGAACGGCGACACCAAGUAUUGAUAGAAAGGAACGGCAAAGCCGAACUCGUGGCUCACGGAGAAGCCUUGGAUGGAAGAUUGAAUCCGUGUUUCUCAAACAGCAAGACGAACUCGUAG